AUUCUUCUUAAAGCAACUGUUGAUUCGAACAAAUUUGAUAAAAUUUUCCCACAUACUACAUCUACAUCAUCAUCAUUAUUGUCGAGUGAAUUCAGUGGCCAAAAUAGUCGCAAAAAUACGAAUAUAAAUUCUAAAAUGAAUAGAUUCAUGAUUUUUGAUCCGAAAAAUUUCAACCUAAAUGAAUUAACCAGUAAAAAUAAUACAUCCAUUGUCGGUCUGAUUGAUCUGGAUUCGGAUGUAUUAUUUUUUGGUAAUCUUACAACCAGUGAAAUGACUUUGUUGCUUGGCCUUGAAAAUCAGACAUUUUCUUAUGAUGAAAAUUCUUAUCGCUCAGGAUAUGAUGAUGAUGAUGACACAGGUGGUGGCAGUGGUUUCGGUAAUUUUGAUAAUAUUGAUUCAUUUGCUAUAUUAGAAUUUUGGCCAGGUCAAUUCAUUCUAAUAACAAUGUAUUCAUUGACGGCAUUUCUAUCAUUAUCAUUAAAUAUAAUAACAAUAAUCGUUUGGUUCUAUGGUGAUAGAUCACAAUCGACAGAAAUAUGGCAUCUAUUGGUUAAUCUAUCAUUGGCCGAUAUUGGCAUGGCCAUAUUCUGUAUACCAUUCACCUAUACGAACGUUAUGCUACAGCAUUGGAUAUUUCCACAUUCAUUAUGUCCGGUAGUUAAUUUUACACAAUUAUGUUUUGUAUUUGUUAGUGUAUGGACAUUGACAAUCAUCAGCAUUGAUCGAUAUUUUGCAAUUGUACAUUCAUUAUAUAAAUUCCACUAUAGUAAACGCUCAAUAUUGGCCAUGAUAUGGCUAGUUGGUUUAACAUUCGCAUCGACACAAUUAUUCGUUUCACGUGUAUCACCAUAUAUGCUUUCAAAUCAUAAAUUAUAUGAAUGUAUUGAAGUUUGGUCAGAAGAAUUACAUGGCCAAAUCUAUACCGUAUUGGUAUUUGUAUUAACAUUUCUUAUACCAGUCAUGAUUAUCAGUUUAGCCUAUUCAGCUAUAUGGUAUCAUAUGGUCAAUCAUGUAACACCGGGUAAUCCGGAUGUCGUACGUGAUACGCAUCAAUUAGAUGUGAAGAAUAAAGUAUUCAAAAUGUUAACAAUGGUUGUCGGCCUAUUUAUUAUUUGUUGGCUUCCAAUACAUUUUUUCAAUCUUCUAUUAUAUUUUGAGCCGAGCAUCAUGAAUAUUGAAACGGAAGUCAUGUACAACGUAUAUUAUAGCUCAUUCUUUGUAUCACAUUUUCUUUCAAUGGUUCAUAACUUAAUGAAUCCAAUUGUAUAUUGUUUCAUGAGCGAAAAUUUUCGGCACAACCUAUUAUCAUUAUUUCCCCGUUACACCAAUCGUUUGAAACGGUUAAAUUCGAAAAGUAUUGAUCAUGUUGAAAUGGAAAUACCAGUAACGGAUACGAAUCCGUAUAAUGUUACAAACAACACAACAACAAAUGGUGUAAUAGCGCCUACAGCAACAACGACUACAAUAUUAAAUAUAUCAUCAUCGAAUGGCAAAACAAUUGAAACGACAACAAUGGCCAAGAUGGAUGUUAUUACACCUAUACAGAUAGCUUCAACCAUUUCAUCAGCAAUGUCUAAAUCAUCUGAUUCAAAUCGAUUCUAUAUGAUGAUUACAACAGUGCCAACGCUUUCGACAUCGGUAACUACAACAAAUCAUAAUCAUUUCAAUUCUCAACAUCAUUGUUAUUCAGUAUCAUUAUCAUCAUCAUCGCCAUCAACGAUAUCAUCCUUAUUAUCAUCAUCUGCAUAUUCGUCUUCAUCACCUGUGUUAUCAUAUUCAUCAGCAACAUUAUCAUUAAAUAAUAUGACCACAGCUAAUCAUUUACAUCAUCAUCAUCAUCACCAUCAUCAUCAUAAUCAUUCACAUCAUUAUCAUCAUCAUCAACAAAUACCAAUGCACAAAAUAUCCGAUAUGUGUAUGAAAUCAAAUUAA